AUGGUGACGGGAUCAGCGCUCAGUCGCACGCAGCAGAGUCAGUCGCCCCCAGCAGAGUCAGUCGCCCCGGCAGAGUCAGUCGGCCCCAGCAAAGUCAGUCACCGCCAGCAGAGACAGUCGCCCCCAGCAGAGUCAGUCACCCCCAGCAGAGUCAGUCGCCCCGGCAGAGUCAGUCGCCCCGGCAGAGUCAGUCGCCCCCAGCAAAGUCAGUCACCCCCAGCAGAGACAGUUGCCCCCAGUAGAGACAGUCGCCCCCAGCAGAGUCAGUCACCCACAGCAGAGACAGUCGCCCCCAGCAGAGACAGUCACCCCCAGCAGAGACAGUCGCCCCCAGCAGAGUCAGUCACCCCCAGCAAAGUCAGUCACCCCCAGCAGAGACAGUCGCCCCCAGCAGAGUCAGUCACCCCCAGCAGAGUCAGUCGCGCCGGCAUAGUCAGUCGCCCCCCGGCAGAGUCCGUCGCCCCCGGCAGAGUCAGUCUCCCCAGCAGAGUCAGUCGCCCCAGCAGAGUCAGUCGCCCCAGCAGAGUCAGUUGCCCCCGCAGAGUCAGUUGCCCCCAGCAGAGUCAGUUGCCCCCAGCAGAGUCAGUUGCCCCCAGCAGAGUCAGUCGCCCCCAGCAGAGUCAGUCGCCACCCGGCAGAGUCAGUCGCCCCACGGCAGAGUCAGUCGCCCCCCGGCAGAGUCAGUCGCCCACCAGCAGAGUCAUUUGCCCCCGCAGAGUCAGUCGCCCAAUGCAGAGUCAGUCGCCCCAGCAGAGUCAGUCGCCCCAGCAGAGUCAGUCGCCCCCCGGCAAAGUCAGUCGCCCCCCGGCAGAGUCAGUUGCCCCCCGGCAGAGUCAGUCGCCCCCCGGCAGAGUCAGUCGCCCCCUGGCAGAGUCAGUUGCCCCCGCAGAGUCAGUUGCCCCCGCAGAGUCAGUCGCCCCGGGAGAGUCAGUCUCCCCCGGCAGCGUCAGUCGCCCCCGGCAGAAUCAGUCGCCCUGGCAGACUCAGUCGCCCCGGCAGAGUCAGUCGCCCCCCGGCAGAGUCAGUCGCCCCCCGGCAGAGUCAGUUGCCCCCGCGGAGUCAGUCACCCCGGCAGAGUCAGUCGCCCCCCGGCAGAGUCAGUCUCCCCCCGGCAAAGUCAGUCGUCCCCAGCAGAGUCAGUUGCCCCAGCAGAGUCAGUCACCCCAGCAGAGUCAGUCGCCCCAGCAGAGUCAGUCACCCACAGCAGAAGUCAGUCGCCCCCAGCAGAGUCAGUCGCCCCGGCAGAGUCAGUCGCCCCGGCAGAGUCAGUCUCCCCCGGCAGAGUCAGUCGCCCCGGCAGAGUCAGUCGCCCCAGCAGAGUCAGUCGACCCAGCAGAGUCAGUCACCCCCAGCAGAGUCAGUCGCCCCAGCAGAGUCAGUCGCCCCGGUAGAGUCAGUCACCCACAGCAGAGUCAGUCGCCCCCAGUAGAGUCAGUCGCCCCCAGUAGAGUCAAUCGCCCCCAGCAGUCACCCCUGCAGAGUCAGUCACCCCCAGCAGGGUCAGUCGCCCCAGCAGAGUCAGUCGCCCCGGCAGAGUCAGUCUCCCCGAGCAGAGUCAGUCGCCUCAGCAGAGUCAGUCGCCCCAACAGAGUCAGUCGCCCCCAACAGAGUCAUUCGCCCCGAAAAGUCAGUCGCCCCGGCAGAGUCAGUCGCCCCAGCAGAGUCAGUCGCCCCCCGGCAGAGUCAGUCGCCCCCCGGCAGAGUCAGUCGCACCCCGGCAGAGUCAGUCGCCCCCCGGCAGAAUCAGUCCCCCCAGCAGAGUCAGUCGCCCCAGCAGAGUCAGUCGCCCCAGCAGAGUCAGUCGCCCCCCGGCAGAGUCAGUCGCCCCCCAGCAGAGUCAGUCGCCCCCCGGCAGAGUCAGUCGCCCCGUCAGAGUCAGUCUCCCCCGGCAGAAGUCAGUUGCCCCAGCAGAGUCAGUCGCCCCAGCAGAGUCAGUCGCCCCAGCAGAGUCAGUUGCCCCCGCAGAGUCAGUUGCCCCCAGCAGAGUCAGUUGCCCCCAGCAGAGUCAGUUGCCCCCAGCAGAGUCAGUCGCCCCCAGCAGAGUCAGUCGCCACCCGGCAGAGUCAGUCGCCCCACGGCAGAGUCAGUCGCCCCCCGGCAGAGUCAGUCGCCCACCAGCAGAGUCAUUUGCCUCCGCAGAGUCAGUCGCCCAAUGCAGAGUCAGUCGCCCCAGCAGAGUCAGUUGCCCCAGCAGAGUCAGUCGCCCCCCGGCAGAGUCAGUCGCCCCCGGCAGUCAGUCGCCCCCCCCGGCAGAGUCAGUUGCCCCCCGGCAGAGUCAGUUGCCCCCCGGCAGAGUCAGUCGCCCCCUGGCAGAGUCAGUUGCCCCCGCAGAGUCAGUUGCCCCCAGAGUCAGUCGCCCCGGGAGAGUCAGUCUCCCCCGGCAGCGUCAGUCGCCCCCGGCAGAAUCAGUCGCCCUGGCAGACUCAGUCGCCCCGGCAGAGUCAGUCGCCCCCGGCAGAGUCAGUCGCCCCCGGCAGAGUCAGUUGCCCCCGCAGAGUCAGUCACCCCGGCAGAGUCAGUCGCCCCCCGGCAGAGUCAGUCUCCCCCCCGGCAAAGUCAGUCGUCCCCAGCAGAGUCAGUUGCCCCAGCAGAGUCAGUCACCCCAGCAGAGUCAGUCGCCCCAGCAGAGUCAGUCACCCACAGCAGAGUCAGUCCCCCCAGCAGAGUCAGUCGCCCCAGCAUAGUCAGUCGCCCCAGCAGAGUCAGUCGCCCCCCCCGGCAGAAGUCAGUCGCCCCAGCAGAGUCAGUUGCCCCAGCAGAGUCAGUCACCCCAGCAGACCCCAGCAGAGCCCCAGCAGAGUCAGUCACCCACAGCAGAGUCAGUCGCCCCGGCAGAGUCAGUUGCCCCAGCAGAGUCAGUCGCCCCAGCAGAGUCAGUCGCCCCCCGGCAGAGUCAGUCGCCCCCCAGCAGAGUCAGUCGCCCCCCGGCAGAGUCAGUCGCCCCCAGCAGAGUCAGUCACCCCCCGGCAGAGUCAGCAGAGUCAGUCGCCCCCGGCAGAGUCAGCCCCCAGCAGAGUCAGUCGCCCCGGCAGAGUCAGUCGCCCCCGGCAGAGUCGCCCCCGGCAGAGUCAGUCCCCGGCAGAGUCAGUCGCCCCAGCAGAGUCAGUCGCCCCAGCAGAGUCAGUCGCCCCCAGCAGAGUCAGUCGCCCCAGCAGAGUCAGUCGCCCCCAGCAGAGUCAGUCGCCCCAGCAGAGUCAGUCGCCCCGGCAGCAGAGUCAGUCACCCCCCAGAGUCAGCAGAGUCAGUCGCCCCAGCAGAGUCAGUCGCCCCAGCAGUCAGACCCCAGCAGAGUCAGUCCCCCAGCAGAGUCAGUCGCCCCAGCAGAGUCAGUCGCCCCCAGUCAGUGACCCCGCAGAGUCAGUCGCCCCAGCAGAGUCAGUCGCCCCAGCAGAGUCAGUCGCCCCCCAGAGUCAGUUCCCCCAGCAGUCAGUCGCCCCCGGCAGAGUCAGUCGCCCCAGCAGAGUCAGUCGCCCCCGGCAGCAGAGUCAGUCGCCCCGGCAGAGUCAGUCGCCCCCCGGCAGAGUCAGUUGCCCCCAGCAGAGUCAGUCGCCCCAGCAGAGUCAGUCGCCCCAGCAGAGUCAGUCACCCCCGGCAGAGUCAGUCGCCCCCCGGCAGAGUCAGUCGCCCCCCAGCAGAGAGUCGCCCCGGCAGAGUCAGUCGCCCCAGCAGAGUCAGUCGCCCCCAGCAGUCAGUCGCCCCCGGCAGAGUCAGUCGCCCCCAGCAGAGUCAGUCGCCCCCAGCCCAGUCGCCCCGGCAGAGUCAGUGCCCCCAGCAGAGUCAGUUGCCCCCAGCAGAGUCAGUGCCCCCAGCAGUCAGUCGCCCCGGCAGAGUCAGUCGCCCCGGCAGAGUCAGUCUCCCCCGGCAGAGUCAGUCGCCCCGGCAGAGUCAGUCGCCCCCAGCAGAGUCAGUCGCCCCCAGCAGUGCCCCAGUCAGUCGCCCCAGCAGAGUCAGUCGCCCCCAGCAGAGUCCCCCAGCAGAGUCAGUCGCCCCAGCAGAAGUCAGUCGCCCCCAGCAGAGAGUCAAGUCGCCCCCAGUCAGUCACCCCUGCAGAGUCAGCCCCGGCAGUCACCCCCAGCAGGGUCAGUCGCCCCCCCAGCAGAGUCAGUCGUCCCCGGCAGAGUCAGUCUCCCCCAGCAGAGUCAGUCGCCCCAGCAGAGUCAGUCGCCCCGGCAGAGUCAGUCACCCCAGCAGAGUCAGUCGCCCCAGCAGAGUCAGUCACCCCAGCAGAGUCGUCACCCCCAGCAGAGUCAGUCGCCCCAGCAGAGUCAGUCGCCCCAGCAGAAGUCAGUCGCCCCAGCAGAGUCAGUCGCCCCAGCAGAGUCAGUCGCCCGGCAGAGUCGCAGCAGUUGCCCCAGCAGAGUCAGUCGCCCCCAGCAGAGUCAGUCGCCCCAGCAGAGUCAGUCGCCCCAGCAGAGUCAGUCGCCCCCAGCAGAGUCAGAGUCAGUCGCCCCCGGCAGAGUCAGUCGCCCCAGCAGAGUCAGCAGAGUCAGUCCCCCCAGCAGAGUCAGUCGCCCCGGCAGAGUCAGUCACCCCCAGCAGAGUCAGUCGCCCCCCCAGUCGCCCCCAGAGAGUCAGUCGCCCCAGCAGAGUCAGUCACCCCAGCAGAGUCAGUCGCCCCAGCAGAGUCAGUCGCCCGGCAGAGUCAGCCCCAGCAGAGUCAGUCGCCCCAGAGUCAGUCACCCCCAGAGGGUCAGUCGCCCCAGCAGAGUCAGUCGCCCCGGCAGAGUCAGUCGCCCCAGCAGAGUCAGUCACCCCCGGCAGAUGUCAGUCACCCCCAGCAGGGUCAGUCGCCCCAGCAGAGUCAGUCGCCCCGGCAGAGUCAGUCUCCCCCAGCAGAGUCAGUCGCCCCAGCAGAGUCAGUUGCCCCCAACAGAGUCAGUCGCCCCCAGCAGAGUCAGUCGCCCCGAAAAGUCAGUCGCCGCCCGGCAGAGUCAGUCGCCCCGGCAGAGUCAGUCGCCCCGGCAGAGUCAGUCGCCCCAGCAGAGUCAGUCGCCCCAGCAGAGUCAGUCGCCCCGGCAGAGUCAGUCACCCCCAGCAGGGUCAGUCGCCCCAGCAGAGUCAGUCGCCCUGGCAGAGUCAGUCUCCCCCAGUAGAGUCAGUCGCCCCAGCAGAGUCAGUCGCCCCCAACAGAGUCAGGCGCCCCCAGCAGAGUCAGUUGCCCGAAAUGUCAGUCGCCCCGGCAGAGUCAGUCGCCCCAGCAGAGUCAGUCGCCCCCCUUGCAGAGUCAGUCGCCCCCAGCAGAGUCAGUCGCCCCGGCAGAGUCAGUCGCCCCGGCAGAGUCAGUCGCCCCAGCAGAGUCAGUCGCCCCAAGCAGCGUCAGUCACCCCCAGCAGAGUCAGUCGCCCCCAGCAGACCCACCUCCUCACCCUCCUCCUCAGCCCCCUCCUCUGCCCACCUCCUCACCAUCCUCCUCGGCCCACCUCCUCACCAACCUCCUCGGCCCACCUCCUCGGCCCACCUCCUCGGCCCCCUCCUCGGCCCCCUCCUCGGCCCACCUCCUCGGCCCCCUCCUCGGCCCACCUCCUCGGUCCCCUCCUCGGCCCACCUCCUCGGCCCCCUCCUCGGCCACCUCCUCGGCCCCCUCCUCAGCCCACCUCCUCACCCCCUCCUCGUCCCACCUCCUCGGCCCACCUCCUCGGCCCACCUCCUCGGCCCCCCUCCUCGGUCCACCUCCUCACCCACCUCCUCGGCCCACAUCCUCGGUCCAUCUCCUCGGUCCACCUCCUCGAUCCACCUCCUCAACUCCCUCCUCGGUCCACCUUCUCUCCCCCCUCCUCGGUCCCCCUCCUCACCCCACUCCUCGGCCCUCUCCUCGGCCCCCUCCUCGGGCCCAACUCCUCGGCCCACCUCCUUGGUCCACCACCCCACCCCCUCCUCGUCCCACCUCCUCACCCCCCUCCUCGUCCCAACUCCCCGGCCCACCUCCUCACCCUCCUCCUCAGCCCCCUCCUCUGCCCACCUCCUCACCAACCUCCUCGGCCCACCUCCUCACCCCCUCCUUGGCCCACCUCCUCACCCCCUCCUCGGCCCACCUCUUCGGCCCCAUCCUCGGCCUAUCUCCUCGGUCCACCUCCUCGGUCCACCUCCUCACCCCCUCCUCUGCCCACCUCCUCGGCCCCCUCCCCACCCCCCUCCUCGGCCCACCUCAUCUGCCCACCUCCUCGGCCCCCUCCCCACCCCCCUCCUCGUCCCACCUCCUCACCUCCCUCCUUGUCCCAUCUCCUCGGCCCAGCUCCUCGGCCCCCCUCCUCGGUCCAACUCCUCGGUCCACCUCCUCACCCCCUCCUUGGCCCACCUCCUCACCCCCUCCCCACCCCCUCUUUGGCCCCCUCCUCUGCCCACCUCCUCGGCCCACCUCCUCUGGCUACCUCCUCGGCCCACCUCCUCUGCCCACCUCCUCGGCCCCCUCCCCACCCCCUCCUCGUCCCACCUCCUCACCUCCCUCCUUGUCCCGCCUCCUCGGCCCAGCUCCUCGGCCCCCAUCCUUGGUCCACCUCCUCGGUCCACCUCCUCACCCCCCUCUUGGCCCACCUCCUCACCCCCUCCUCGGCCCAUCCCUUCGGCCCCAGCCUAGGCCCAUCUCCUCGGUCCACCUCCUCGGUCCACAUCCUCACCCCCUCCUCUGCCCACCUCCUUGGCCCCCUCCCCACCCCCCUCCUCGGCCCACCUCCUCUGCCCACCUCCUCGGCCCCCUCCAGACCCCCCUCCUCGUCCCACCUCCUCACCUCCCUCCUUGUCCCACCUCCUCGGCCCAGCUCCUCGGCCCCCCUCCUCGGUCCAACUCCUCGGUCCACCUCCUCACCCCCCUCCUUGGCCCACCUCCUCACCCCCUCCCCACCCCCUCCUCGGCCCACCUACUCGGCCCACCUCCUCACCCCCUCCUUGGCCCACCUCCUCACCCCCUCCACACCCCCAUCCUCGGCCCACCUACUCGGCCCACCUCCUCACCCCCCUCCUUGGCCCACCUCCUCACCCCCUCCCCACCCCCAUCCUCGGCCCACCUACUCGGCCCACCUCCUCACCCCCCUCCUCGGCCCACCUCCUCUGCCCCCUCCUAGUCCCUGUGAUCUCGCCAGCGCGCUGUGUAUGAUCUUGUGUGAGCUCUCCCUGUCUGUACUGUGA